AUGGGCAGAAUCUGCAAUCUCCUCUUUGCUCUUGCAAUUUUGAUUCUACUACUGCAUCACCAUACAUCACUUGCUACUGUUAUUAAUAUUAACACUGAUAAAGCUUCUCUUCUUGCAUUGAAAUCUCUCAUUUAUUCUGAUCCUAACAACAUCUUAGCUAGCAACUGGUCUUCUUCCGUCCCAGUUUGCAGCUGGAUUGGAAUUACUUGCGGCUCCCGUCACCAUCGAGUCACUGCUUUAGACAUUUCUAACAUGCAAUUUCAUGGUACCAUUCCACCACACAUUGGAAACCUCUCAUUUCUCGUCUCCCUCGACAUCAGUGACAACACUUUCCAUGGGAGUUUACCGGAAGAGUUUGCUCAUUUACAAAGGUUGAAAGUCAUUAAUGUUGCAAGCAAUAACUUCACAGGAGCCAUUCCACCAUUUUUAAGUUUGUUACCGAACCUAUGCUUUCUGUACCUCUGGAACAACCAAUUUUCAGGGAAAAUUCCAUUUUCCCUUUCCAAUCUAACAAAGCUGGAAGUGUUGAGCUUGCGGAAUAAUUUUCUUGAAGGAGAGAUCCCUCGAGAAAUCGGUGAUCUUCGCUACCUGACUUUUUUAGACCUGCAAGAUAAUCAGCUUACUGGCUCUAUACCAACAUCAAUCUUCAACAUUACGACGAUGCAGAAUAUUGGUCUUAGCAAUAACAAUCUUACUGGAGAGAUCCCAAUGGAGCUAGGUAAUCUUGAGAAACUACAGAGGCUGAUAUUAGCCGAGAACGGGUUCACUGGUUCUAUCCCUGCAAGCAUUUUUAACAUGUCAGCACUGAAGAUCCUAGAACUUUCACUAAACAAUCUUUCAGGUACUCUACCUUCAGAUUUAGGUCGUGGAAUGCCCAAUCUAGAAGGACUUUACUGUGCAGCAACUAAUCUAAGUGGUUUUAUCUCUGAUUCAAUCUCAAAUUCUUCGAAACUCAGAGAAAUUGAUCUCGCAGUCAACAGUUUCACAGGUCCUAUUCCCGAAUCACUUGGUAACUUAGAAUACCUCGAGAUUCUAGGCUUGCAAAUUAAUAAUUUUUUCAGUGAUUCAAAAAUGAGCUUUCUUACAUCAUUGUCAAACUGUAGGAAUCUUAGAGUACUCUGGAUUGGUGAUAAUCCGUUGGAUGGUGUUUUGCCUCCAUCUGUUGGCAAUUUAUCCAAAUCUCUAGAUUCUUUUGAUGGAAAUGGUUGUAAAUUUAAGGGUGCCAUUCCUCAAGAAAUCGGUAAUCUUACUGGAAUGACAUCAAUGAGUCUAUAUAACAAUGAGUUGAUAGGACACAUUCCAGACACUGUCCAUGGCAUGCUGAGCCUUCAAGAACUUUAUUUAUUAAGCAAUAAGAUAGAAGGAACCAUACCCGAUGUUAUAUGCAGUUUAAAGAAUCUUGGUGCAUUAGACUUGUCAGAAAAUCAUUUUUCUGGUUCAGUGCCCUCAUGCUUAGGGAAUGUUACUAGUUUGAGGAAACUUCAUCUAGCUAACAAUAACCUGGAUUCUAGAUUACCUUCAAGCUUGGGGAGCCUUCAAGAUCUCAUAGAAUUCGAUAUUUCGUCCAAUUUAUUGAGUGGGGAAAUUCCACUGGAGAGCGGAAACUUAAAGGCUGCAACACUCAUUGAUUUGUCAAGGAAUUAUUUUUCUGGUAAGAUUCCUAGUACUCUAGGUGGUCUAGAAAAAUUGAUUAAUCUUUCUCUAGCACAUAAUAGAUUAGAGGGGUCUAUUCCUGAAUCAUUUGGCAAAAUGUUGUCCUUGGAAUACUUGGAUUUGUCCUAUAACAAUCUUAGUGGUCAAAUUCCAAAGUCAUUAGAAGCUCUUGUGUACCUCAAAAACAUGAAUUUCUCAUUCAAUAAACUCAGUGGAGAGAUUCCCACCGGUGGUCCUUUUGUGAAUGCCACAGGUCAGUCUUUCAUGUCCAAUGAUGCACUCUGUGGUGACUCCCGUUUUAACAUUAAACCAUGCCUGACCAAAUCGGAAAAGAAGUCAAGAAGAAAAAAAGUGCUUAUAGGUUUAUAUAUGAUGUUAGGGAUUGGAUCACUCCUUGCAUUGGCUGUUGGAUAUGUGGUGUUAAGAUCGAGAAAGACAAAGAAAAAUGCAAGUCAAGAAGAUGUAACUCUGGUAAAAGGGCACAGAAGAAUUUCCUAUUAUGAACUUGAACAAGCAACAGAAGGAUUCAACGAAAGCAACUUGCUUGGUAAUGGAAGUUUCAGCACGGUCUACAAAGGGAUACUUAAGGAUGGUACCCUUUUAGCAGCAAAGAAAUUUGACCAAAGUCAUCACCAGCUGGUCCAACCUUGA